CUCUAACUACAUCCUCCACGGUCUCUUCUUCUUCUUCUUCUCCAUCAUCAUCCAUGUCUUCUCUCCUCCUUCUCCUCCUCUUCUUCUUCUUCUCUCCAUCCCAUUCACUCCCCUGCUCUCCAUCUCCCACACCAUGUCCUCCCUUCCUCUCCUCCCCAUCCUUCCCCUUCUCCUCCAUCCCCGGCUGCGGCCAUCCUUCCUUCCAAAUCAACUGCUCCUCCUCAUCCAUCAUCAUCAACUCCAUCCCUUUCCUCAUCCUCUCCAUCUCCAUCUCCUCCAACUCUCUCCAUCUCUCCCCUCUCCUUCCUUCCCCUCCCUUCUCCCACUGCCCUUCUCUCCCUCUCCAUCCCAUCAACCUCUCUUCUUCCCCUUUCCUUCUCCUCCACAACGUUUGCCACUCCCUCCCUUGCUUUCUCAACUCCUCCUCCUCCUCCUCCUGCUCUCUUUCCUAUUUCCAAAACCAACUCCUUUCUCAACCCCAUCGUCUCUUCACUUCCUGCCACUCUUCUAAUCACUCCUGCCGCUCUCACCCCCAUUCCACCAAUCUCCUCCUCAACACCAGCUUCUCCGUCACUUGGAAUCGCAACGACUCCUACUUCUCCAACUGCUCCUCUUGCCAUGGCGUUUGCGCUUUCAACGAUUCCCUCCCUUCCAAGCCCUUUCUCUGCAUUCCCUUUGGUAACUCUCAUUCCUCUCACCGAUCUCUCCUUCUCGCCCUGUUUUUCGUGGGUGUUUUCCUUGUUUUAUCCAUCCUUGUGGUUGCUCUUCUCCGCCGGUGCCGGCCGGAGAGAGGCGGUGGCGGCGGGGAGUCAGCGACUGCGGUGUUCAUUCAGUGCCACUUCCCUCGACCACCAUCUUUCAGCUAUGAGAUUCUCCGCGCCGCCACCAAUGGCUUCGAUCAUCGCUGCAAGAUCGGCGACGGAGGGUUCGGGUCUGUGUUCCUAGCUCACCUCCCCGAUGGCCGCGCCGCCGCCGUGAAACGCCUCCAUGCUCGCCCUAACACAUCGGUCUCCUCCUCCUCGACCUCCGACUCAUUCUGCAACGAGAUCUUCAUCCUCUCCUCCGUCAAGCAUCCCAACCUCGUUCGCCUCCACGGCUACUGCUGCGAUCCACGCGGUCUUCUUCUCGUCUACGAUUACGUCCCCAAUGGAACCCUCGCUGAUCACAUCCAUCACAAGCGCUCAUUGUCUUGGCCGGUGCGCGUGGAGAUCGCCGUCCAGAUCGCGGCAGCGCUCGAGUACCUACAUUUCGAACUGAAGCCGCCCGUCGUUCACCGAGACGUCACGUCCUCAAACAUCUUCGUGGAGCGCGACAUGCGGAUCAAGGUUGGGGAUUUCGGGCUCUCACGGCUGCUGGCAUUGCCGCAGGACUCGUCGGACGAGUACAUUCGCCGGACGGGGCCACAGGGCACGCCUGGGUACCUCGACCCGGAGUACCACCGGUCGUUCAGGCUAACAGAGAAGAGCGAUGUGUAUAGCUUUGGGGUGGUGAUGCUGGAGCUGGUGACAGGGAUGAUGGCAGUGGACACUGGAAGGGAUGAGAGGGAUGUAUCACUGGCGGAGAUGGUGGUGGGGAGAAUUCAGGUUGGGAUGUUACAUCAGGUAGUUGAUCCUAUGCUGAUGAGACAUGUGGAAAGGCCGGCAUUGGCUUCGAUUGAAGCCGUGGCUGAGUUGGCUUUCCGAUGCCUCGCUGGUGAUCAGGAUGAUCGGCCUGAUUCCCGGGAGGUCGGGGAGGAGCUCAAGAGGAUUAGGAACCAGCUGCAGGACUAUUUGAGAUGAGGAUGAUGGAGGCAAUGUUUGAGGAUUCUUCAGAGAAUGAGAAGCAAUGUGAGUUCUUAAUUCUAGUAUUUUUCUGUCUUCUUGCAUAACUACUUUCAAGUUUCAACCUAUAUAUAUAUAUAUAUAUUGUAUAAAAUUUAGAGGUUAUUUCACACUUAUGAAGAGUAAUGAAGCUGAAAGUCUAUGCAAUGUUGAGAUUUUAAGAGGGGACUGUGGUUUUAGAUUAACAAUGAGAUAGUGUGAAUUGUGGACUUUGUGAAUGUAUAGGGUCAGUAAACUGAAAGUGCAAUAUGAAAUGCUAAGAUUUUGAGAGCAAGUGGUAGUCUUUGCUUUGUCAAUGAGAUGCUGGGAAGUAUUAGGUUAGAAAAGCAUGGUUUCUUCUUGUUGUCAUGAGCUUGAAGGUGUUUAAGAUCUAUGUGACAAUAUUUGAUUAAAGAUAAUGGAUAGAAUAAGUUGACAAACUCCAAAGUAAUGGCAGUGGAAUUUCUCUCAUUUGAACAUAUAUACAAUUCAAGUGUGUAUGUAUGGAAACUAUUUUGUGUGUGUAUGUGUGUCAUUGUCUGGAAUUGGCAUAUUCUUUCAUCAAAUCUGGCAGGCUUUAUUGUGUAAGAUAUGCUAUUUAUUUGUAAUGUCAAU